GGGUCACGUGAUCCCCGCCCAAGCUGGCCAACAUGGCGGCUCCCACGCGUGGCGUCGGCUGCCUUUGUCGGCUGGCCUGGCGCCGCCGUGCAGGGGCCUUGCACAGCGGGGAGCAGCCCGCGGCGCUCGGAGGGGUGCCGGGGAAGGCUGAGGCGGCGCAGAGCGGUGUUGCUCCCUGGAGAGCAGUGGUGGGUCUGGAAAUUCAUGCGCAGAUCAAUUCCAACGCCAAGAUUUUCUCUGGCUCCCAAGUGCAGUUUACAGCACCCCCUAACUCUUUGGUAUCUUUUUUUGAUGCUUCUCUACCAGGAACCUUACCAGUUCUCAACAGGAGAUGUGUAGAAGCGGCCGUGAUGACAGGCCUGGCACUCAGCUGCAGCAUAAACAAGAAGUCCUUGUUUGACAGGAAACACUAUUUCUAUGCAGAUCUGCCUGCUGGCUACCAAAUUACUCAACAAAGACUUCCUAUUGCAGUGAAUGGGAAUCUGUCAUACACCUUCUGUGUAGGGGCAAAACAAAGUCAGCUGGUAACAAAGAAUGUGAGGAUCAAGCAGAUUCAGUUGGAACAAGACAGUGGGAAGAGCCUUCACAAUGAUACAAGGAGCCAGACUCUCAUUGACUUGAACAGGGCUGGAGUUGGCCUCAUGGAAGUUGUCAUGGAGCCUGAUAUGUGCUGUGGGGUAGAGGCAGCUGCGGCAGUCAGAGAGCUUCAGCUUAUUCUUCAAACACUUGGGAGCAGCCAGGCAAUCAUGGCAGAGGGUCAACUAAGAGUAGAUGCCAAUGUAUCUGUGCAUCAUCCAGAAGAGCCUUAUGGAGUGAGGACUGAAGUGAAGAAUAUCAAUAGUUUACGAUUCCUGGCAAAAGCAGUAGACUACGAAAUACAGAGACAAAUUGAAGAGCUUGAAAAUGGAGGAACGAUUCUGAAUGAAACAAGAACCUUUGAUUAUAAACUUGGGCGCACGAUACCAAUGAGAGACAAAGAAGGAAAACAGGAUUAUCGGUUCAUGCCAGAGCCAAACCUUCCUCCAUUGAUUUUGUAUGAUGCUAAAUCUUUGCCUGCUAAUAUAGACGAUCAGCAAGUGGUAAAUAUUGAUUGGAUUCAAGAGAGGCUUCCUGACCUCCCCAGUGUGAAGAGAGUGAGGCUUGUUGAACAGUAUGGAAUUCUGCCUGAACACAGUUUCACCUUAUUGAAUGAAGAUGGAUUAAUGGAGUUCUUUGAAGAUGUGGUGAGAGAGACCCAGAUGAAUCCAAAGAAAGUGAUUGGAUGGGUUAUAAGUGAGCUGCUUGGUCAUUUAAAACAAUACGACCUUACAGUCAAGGAGAGUCCAGUCAAUUCUCUCUCUUUGGCUGACCUUCUGAAUCUCCUAGAGAGAGGAGUCAUUUCUUCUUCAGCAGCCAAACAGCUUCUCACAGCCAGUGCACAACCUGUGGUUUGGCUUCUCAAGGCAGCUUUGCCAUUAUCCUCCUUAAGGCCUCCAGCAAAAUAAAAAACAGAAGUAACUUCUAUCAGAGACUUGGGGUCAGGGUAGGCAGAUGAGAGUCGUGCCUCGCUCACAAUAGGUUGCGUCAGCACAGGUGUCUUACAGGACUGAGCACAACUGCUAAACUACCUCAUGCUGAUGGAGUUUCGAACUGGGAGGGAAAAAUCCUCCAUCCUGGGGAAAAUCUCCAAGAUGUUUUUAUCAUGUAAUUUGUUCUGUUUUUCAUAAGCUGUCUUAUUGCACUGCUUAUUAUUGGAAAUACCUUGAAAUUACAACUUCGCCUCAAUCCUGCAGUCAGUUUUUGAUGCUGAAUUUUUGACAGAACGUUCAUUUCCUCACCAGCACAUCAUGAUGCCCUAAACAUACAAUUAUGUCUUCAGCUGCUUGUGCUUGAUCCUGCACUGUUUUAAUAAGGGCUUUCUCUUUCACAUCCUACAUCUCUGAAAUAAGAGCAGAGGGAAUACAGAAAAUGACUGCCCAAGGAAAUUGCUUUUUUAUAAAUGUUCUCUUCUCUCAAGUUUAUUCCAGGGUGAGAGCCAUGCUCCAAAGCAGGAAAACACACCAACAUUAGCUAGUAAUUAUUCCAGAAGCUUAGCCUUGCCCGGCUGUACUCAGAAGUGAUAGAUAGAGGGACUGCGGCUGCCACGUGCAGUCUGAUUUGUAACGUUUCUCUUCUGUUUCCGAUUAUGUAUCCUCAUU